CACGGCCCGCCGCCCGUUGGCCCUUCUGCCUCACUCAGCCGCGCCGAGGAGCGGGACGGGCACAGGCCAUGGAUCGGACAGCGGGCAAGGAGCUCGCCCUGGCGCCACUGCAAGACUGGGGCGAGGAGACCGAGGACGGAGCGGUGUACAGCGUCUCCCUGCGUCGGCAGCUCAGUCAGCGCUUGAGCCCCGGGGCAGGGCCCGGGGGCAGCCAGGCCCCCAGCCCCGCUGCGGAUGCCUUCCUCCAUUACCGCACGAGCAAGGUGCGGGCGCUGAGGGCGGCGAGGCUGGAGCAGCUGGUGCGGGAAUUGGUGUCUGGAGACCACGAGCAGGACCCGGGCUUUGUGCCUGCCUUCCUGGCCACCCACAGGGCCUUUGUGUCCACCGCCCGUGUGCUGGGCCUUCUCCUGCCACCACCACCACCGCCCCUGCCUCCAGGGAUAGAGAUCAAGAAGACAGAGGGAGGAGGUCUGCGUGUCAACAAGAAUUUAAGGGCUGUGGUGUCCGUGCUGGGCUCCUGGCUGCGGGAUCACCCUCAGGAUUUCCGGGAUCCCCCUGCCCACUCGGACCUAGGCAGCGUCCGCACCUUUCUGGGCUGGGCGGCCCCAGCAGGGCCCGAGGCCCAGGAAGCAGAGAAGCUGCUGGGAGAUUUCCUGGAGGCUGAGCGAAAGCAGGAAGAGGAGCAGCCUGAGGCAUGGGCAGGACCUCCUGGAGCUACCCAGACCCCCCGCCCAGAUUCCCCGGAAGGCUGUUCAGAAGAGGAGGAAGGACUGGUGCGUGAAGGCCCUGAGCUCCUAGACUUCGGUGUAGAUGAAGUGGCCGAACAGCUGACGCUGCUGGACGCGGAGCUCUUUUCGCGCGUGCGGCCCUGCGAGUGCCUGGGCUCCGUGUGGUCACAGCGGGACCGUCCGGGGGCCACGAGCGCUGCCCCCACGGUGCGCGCCACCGUGACCCAGUUCAACAUGGUGAUCGGUUGCGUGCUGGGCUCCGUGCUGGGAGAGCAGGGCCUGGCAGCCCCACAGAGGGCGCAGCGGCUGGAGAAGUGGAUCCGCGUCGCCCAGCGCUGCCGGGAACUGCGGAACUUUUCCUCGCUGCGGGCCAUACUGUCCGCCCUACAGUCUAACCCCAUAUACAGGCUCAAGCGCAGCUGGGGCGCCGUCAGCAGGGAACGGUUAUCCACUUUCAGAAAACUUUCGCAGAUUUUCUCCGAUGAGAACAACCACCUCAGUAGUAGAGAGAUUCUUUCCCAGGAGGAGGCCACUGAGGGCCCCCAAGAGGAGGACACCCUCCCAGGAAGCCUGCCCCCAAAACUGCCCCCGGGCCUUGUCCCCUACCUUGGCACCUUUCUCACGGACCUGGUUAUGCUGGACACAGCCCUGCCGGACAUGCUGGAGGGGGAUCUCAUCAACUUUGAGAAGAGGAGGAAGGAGUGGGAGAUCCUGGCCCACAUCCAGCAGCUGCAGAAGCGAUGUCGGAGCUACUGCUUGAGCCCCCGUGCACCUGUCCUGGCUGCCCUGCGCACCCAGCGCCAGCUCAGCGAGGAGCAGAGCUACCGAGUCUCCCGUGUCAUUGAGCCACCUGCUGCUUCCUGUCCCAGCUCCCCACGCAUCCGGCGGCGAAUUAGCCUCACCAAGCGCCUCAGUGCAAAGCUGUCCCGAGAGAGGGGCUCAUCCCCUGGUGGGAGUCCUGGGGAUCCCUCCUCCCCCACCUCCAGUCUGUCCCCAGGGUCCCCCCCAUCUAGUCCUAGAACCAGAGACCCUCCUCCUGGCAGUCCCCCGGCCUCUCCAGGGUCCCAGGGCCCCAGCACCAAGGGCACGAAGCUGCCCUUGAGCCCGGACCUGCCGGGCUCCCGGCCCUUGACUUUGCCCCUGAGCAGCUCUCACAUCUCCUUACCGGGGCAGCAGGGAUCGGAGGCUCGAGUCAUCCGCGUCAGCAUUGACAAUGACCACGGGAACCUGUAUCGGAGCAUCUUGCUCACUAGUCAGGACAAGGCCCCCAGCGUGGUGCAGCGAGCCCUGGAAAAGCACAAUGUGGCUCAGCCCUGGGCCCGGGACUACCAGCUCUUCCAAGUUCUUCCUGGGGACAGGGAGCUCCUGAUUCCUGACAACGCCAAUGUCUUCUACGCAAUGAGUCCAGCCAUCCCCGGAGACUUUGUGCUGCGGCGGAAGGAGAGGGCCCGGCUCACAACCACAGUCUCCUCAACCUGAGGGGGCCCCCUUCUCCCUCUAGGUCACAAGCCCCAGGGCAGCUUGAGGCCUAGUUUCUGUCACCAUGGAAGUAGGGAGAGGGUUCCUCUCCCAGAGAGGUCCCAUUCUCCAGUAAAGCCCACUGUACUCUGUACCCCAUGACCCCCCACCUCCAACUUUAGCCCAUUGGACACCAUCUCUCUGACCCUCUUGGCACCAGAUCCUUAUUCCAGAGCCAUCAGCCCAUGGGCAGCCGGGUGAAGAGCUUCAUCCCGUAAACAUAGAAGGCUGGUAGGGUGUGUGUGUGGGGGGGCAGGCCCUUCCCCAGAGAAAUCUUGUAACUGGUGGAAACACAUCAGAACUGACAGAAGUGGAUGAAAAUAGUGACCAAAGUUAUGAAACAGGUCUGUCUUGUCUGUUCUGAGCCUGGGCCUUAUAUUCUCUAUCUUGAUAGAAAUUAAAAACCAAAACCAAAACCUGAAAAAAA